UAUAUUUAAGAAGAUACAUUUCUCUCACGCAGAUUAGCUAUCUUAGGGCUGUCAAAUGAGGGUUGGGGGAAAGAGGAGAGGAAAGAGAGAAUAGAACACUUCCGCCUCUAUGGUGAGUGCUUUAGCCCUUACAGAGCACUUUGAAACAAAAUUAUCUGAAGUUGUAAAGCAGAACGCUUGGUGGCGCUGCAGGCUAAGACACAAAAACCUGCAGCCUGCAUGACUGUAAAAGCAGAGAGAGCCAUUUGCCGCUGAGAAGGGAAGCUUUUUAACAUUUCUGCCGAUAGCUCCUUUCAGAGAGGCAGAUACACCGCAUCCAGCAAUGUCACAAAGAAAAGAAGCUCAAAAUUAUUGAGCCAAGACUCCUGAGUUGCUCACAGAGCAAUUCUUGUGUGAUUAACUGCUGCUUCUUUUGGACCUGAGGAACGAUGGAGACACCACUUUACAAGGCACUACAGGAAAGGCAAGUGACCGCCAUUGUCUUUCUUUUACUAUUGUGGGAGGCAGGCAGUGCGACCGUUAAGUAUUCGAUUCUAGAGGAAACAGACAGGGGCUCUUUGGUGGGCAACCUGGCAAAAGAUUUGGGGUUGGGCUUAAGGGAUCUGGUCAUCAGGGGCGCCCAGAUUCUUAACAAAGGGAACAAGCAACUCUUGCAGCUGGAACAGAAGAGUGGAAAUUUGGUUCUGAAAGAGAAAUUGGAUCGGGAGGAGUUAUGUGGGAGCACGGACCCUUGCAUCCUAUAUUUCCAAGUGUUACUAAAGAGCCCAGUGCAAUUUAUUCAAGGGGAAAUACAGCUCCAAGAUGUAAAUGACCAUGCGCCAGAAUUCAUGGAAGAUGAAAUUCUCCUUAAAAUCCUGGAAAGUAGCCAUCCAGGGACCAAGUUUCCACUGAAAAUAGCUCAAGAUUUGGAUGUAGGUAGCAACACAGUUCAGAACUAUACAAUCAGUAUCAACUCCCAUUUCCACCUUCUCACCCGCAAUCACAGCGAUGGUAGGAAAUACCCUGAGCUGGUGUUAGACAAAGCACUGGACCGGGAGGAGCAGGCAGAGGUUAGAUUAACACUCACGGCUCUGGACGGCGGGACACCUCCCAAGACUGGGACUACCCAGGUUCUCAUCAUGGUCCUGGACAUUAAUGACAAUGCCCCCGAAUUUGCCCAGGGGCUCUAUGAGGUGCAGGUUCAAGAGAGCAGCCCCAUAGGCUCACUUGUUAUCACCGUGUCCGCGAGAGAUUUAGACGCUGGGGUCUACGGAGAGCUGUCCUAUUCGCUUUUUCAAUCCUCAAAUCAGGUGCUUCGGGCUUUUGAAAUAAAUACAGACACCGGAGAAAUUAGAAUAAGAAGACUAUUGGACUUUGAGGAAAUUCAGUCUUACCGCAUGGAAGUCGAGGCCUCUGAUGGGGGAGGUCUUUCAGGAAAAUGCACCGUAGUAAUAGAAGUGACGGAUGUAAAUGACAAUGCUCCUGACCUCAUCAUGUCAUUACUUAUCAGUGAUAUUCCAGAAAAUUCUCCUGAAACUGUAGUUGCCAUCUUUGGAAUUUCAGAUCCAGACUCUGGAGAGAACGGGAAAAUGAUUUGCUCCAUCCAAGGCCAACUUCCCUUCCUCUUGAAACCUAAUGGAGAUAAUUUCUAUACUUUGGUAACAGAAGGCGCACUGGACAGAGAGAGCAGAUCUGAGUACAACAUCGCCAUCACAGUCAGCGACAUGGGCACACCCAGGCUCACGACCCAGCACACCAUAACAGUGCAGGUGUCUGACGUCAACGACAAUGCCCCCGCCUUCACUCAAAGCUCCUACACCCUGUUUGUCCAGGAGAACAACAGCCCCGCCCUGCACAUAGGCACCAUCAGCGCCACAGACUCAGACUCAGGCUCCAAUGCCCACAUCACCUACUCGCUGCUGCCAACCCACGACCCGCAGCUGGACCUCUCCUCGCUCAUCUCCAUCAAUGACAACAACGGGCAGCUGUUCGCGCUCAGGGCGCUUGACUAUGAGGCCCUGCAGAACUUCGAGUUCCUCGUGGGCGCCACAGACCAAGGCUCGCCCGCGCUCAGCAGCCAGGCACUGGUGCGCGUGCUGGUGCUGGACGCCAACGACAAUGCGCCCUUCGUGCUCUACCCUCUGCAGAAUGCCUCUGCGCCUUGCACAGAGCUGCUGCCCAGGGCGGCAGAGCCUGGUUACCUGGUCACCAAGGUGGUGGCUGUGGACAGUGACUCUGGCCAGAAUGCCUGGCUGUCGUUCCAGCUGCUCAAGGCCACGGAGCCAGGGCUGUUCAGCGUGUGGGCUCACAAUGGCGAGGUGCGCACCUCCAGGCUGCUGAGUGAGCGCGAUGCACCCAAGCACAGGCUGCUGCUGCUGGUCAAGGACAAUGGCGAUCCUCCGCGGUCUGCCAGUGUCACUCUGCAUGUGCUGGUGGUUGAUGGCUUCUCUCAGCCCUUCCUGCCUCUGCCAGAGGUGGCGCGCGACCCCACACAGGAGGAAGACCUGCUUACUUUGUACCUGGUCAUUGCCUUGGCAUCUGUGUCUUCGCUCUUUUUCUUGUCUGUGCUGCUCUUCGUGGGGGUGAGGCUGUGCAAGAGGGCCAGGGCUUCCUCUCUGGGUGGCUGCUCUUUGCCUGAGGGCCACUUUCCUGGACACCUGGUUGAUGUCAGUGGCACGGGGACCCUGUCACAGAGCUACCAGUAUGAGGUGUGUCUGACGGGAGGUACGGGAACAAAUGAGUUCAAAUUUCUUAAACCAGUACUUCCCAACUUCUUGGAUGAAGCGGCUUAUCGGAACGAUGAGGAACAUUUCAACUUUAGGGAUCAUUUGGGGUUUAACUAGAAAUCGUGCUUUGAUCUUGUGGAAUGAAUUACUGUCUUCACUGAUGCAUGUGUAAUUUUCCAACUUUUCACUCAUUGUAAGGAGCGAAUUAGCACGUUACUAAUAGUCACAUUUAUAGCUGUUUCUAAUUGUUGAUAAUUCCUUGCAUUUUUGUUAGCCAGCUUACGCUCAAGUGCACGAAAUAGCUGCAAAAUGUCCUUGCUUGGUGGUAUUAUUUUCACCACACAUUUUACAAUGUCACUGAUGUUUUCAGGUCCCCGGUAUUUAAGCCUGUCCGUUGAUUUCUUGUAAUCAAAGAACCCGUGUUUUAAAAGUUAUGUUUAUCAUUAGCAUGAAUUUAACGCUCUUGCAAAUGAUGGCUUUCAGCUUUAAAUAUAAUUUUCAAUUAUGGGAACCUUUUCAUGAUCUUCUAGGUCUUAUGAAUCUGCUGCAAGUUGUCUCAAGAGCUCUAUUUUCUUUCUUCAACUGAACCGUUGAUUAAUCAAGACUUUGUUUCUAAAUUGAGUGUUUUCUUUAAAAAUUGAUAAAAUUUCAUUAAAUCAUCUUUUGGCAUUCUGAAAAACUUGGUUUAUCAAAAAGUGAUAGACUUAUUGGUACACUUGUGAUUCAUUUCACAUAAAUGGUUUUGGUGUGUAGCUAUUUAUUCUCAUUCUUUUAACGUGAUAUGUGCUCUGUAUAACUAAUACAUACCCAGUAAGCACAAAGAAGACACAUAAGUAUGCUUUCACCAGAAAAUUGUCAUUAAGUCAGCAUCGUUCUGAAAUAAAUAAUGUCUGGUGCUCGGGGUGCAGCCCAAUGUGCUUAGCAUGCACGGUGCCCUGGAUCCAAUGCCCAACAUCAAAAAGAAAAAAAAUAAGUCAAUAAGUUCUUCAUAUGAAUGUAAAUGAGACAAGCUAACGAAUGAGAACAGUUCUCUAAAAGUGAAUUACGGUAAACUUAUAACAUCUGGUUAAAACUCUAGGGGGCUGCUGGAAAGAUGACUCGUGCUUAAGAGCAAAUAUUCUUCUGCGGACCCCAGUUCAGUUCCCGGUACUCAUAUCUGGUAGUUCACCACAGACUUUAAUCCCAGUAACAGUGAGAUCCAGUGCCCUCUCUGGGUGCCCAUGGGUAGCCACAUACAUGCAGAGAAUAAUUUAAAUAUUUGGUGAAAUUCAGUAGCUCAGCCGUUUAAUCUUUGACCUUUCUUUGAUAAAAGACUUCUAAAUAACUGACAUUUACUUUUGCCCUGCCAAGUUUCUUCAACAAUUUGUCUAGGUUAUAAAAUUAUUUCCCAGAUGUCUGUUCAUUAUUGAUAGUCUUUCGCCAUCUCUUAGGUUUUUGUAGUGUUGAUUGCAGUGUCUCCAUUUUCAUCUCUGAUUGGUUUGCUUUUCUUUCACUUUUAGUCGAAGCAAAUGUUGUCAGCUUUCUCUCUAUUUUUAAAGAACUGCUCUCGGUUGCCUUCAUCUGUCCUGGGUUAUUCAGCCUCUUGAUUGCUUGUUUCUACCCUACUGGUUCUUUUCAUCUAUUAAUUUUGACCUUGGUUUGUUCUUGUCCUCUUGGUCCUUUGAAGCACGGUGACGGACUGUUUAUCUCGGAGCUUUAUUUUCUUUAAGUGGCUGCACUGAUUGCUAUAAAUCUCCCUUUUAAUGGUGCUUUUGCUGUAUCUCAUUGACUGUAGAGUGUUGGGCUCAUUUUCAUUUGUUUGAUAGAAUUUUUUUAUUUUAAUCUUUCGUUAAUCAAUUGCUCAAUAGUAGGUUGUUUAAUGUUUAAGUUUUCUAUUUCUUUCUUGUUAAUAUACGGUCUAAUGUACCCUAGGGCAUGCUGGAACUUCA